AUGUCCCCCUCUAUAUUGGACAGUGUUUUUAAAAACAAGCUUUUAUCUGAGGUUAAGUCCGAGACGGAGGCUGUUGCUGUACCGGAGUUUCCGUGGAUUAAGGUUAGAAAAUGUGAUUUUGUUGAAGAUAUGUUUGAUACAAAACCCACCACGGAUCCUGGAUUCGAGCUUAUCCUUGAUCAAUGCGCGUCUAUGAGUCAGAGUCAAGGUAUCAUAUUCAACACGUUCGAUGAUCUUGAACCGGUGUUUAUAGAUUUCUAUAAACGUACACGCGAGCUCAAGCCAUGGGCACUUGGACCGCUUUGUCUUGGAAAAAACUCCUUGGAGGAUGAGGGAGAAGAGAAGGUGAAAUCUGUUUGGAUGAAAUGGCUUGAUGAAAAGCGAGACAAGGGAUGCUACGUUCUCUACGUGGCUUUUGGGUCACAAGCCGAGAUUUCGAGAGAACAAGUAGAGGAAAUUGCGUCAGGGUUGGAAGAAUCAAAGGUGAACUUUCUGUGGGUGGUGAAAGGAAACGAAAUAGGAAAAGGGUUUGAAGAGAGAGUGGGAGAGAGAGGAAUGGUGGUGAAAGAUGAAUGGGUUGAUCAAAGGAAGAUACUAGAGCACGAGAGUGUAAGAGGGUUCUUGAGCCACUGUGGGUGGAACUCUCUGAUGGAGAGCAUUUGCGCUGAGGUUCCAAUCUUGGCGUUUCCUGUAGCAGCCGAGCUACCUUUGAAUGCGAUGUUGGUGGUGGAAGAGCUGAGAGUGGCGGAGAGAGUGGUGGCGGCGAGUGAUGGAGCUGUGAGAAGAGGAGAGGUUGCAGAGAAAGUGAAGGAGUUGAUGGAGGGAGAGAAAGGGAAAGAGCUGAGGAGGAAUGUUGAAGUAUAUGGCAAGAAGGCGAAGAAGGCUUUGGAGGAAGGUGUUGGCUCUUCUUGGAAGAAUUUGAAAAACCUAAUCAAUGAGUUUUGUAACAAUAUGGGAACAUGA